UAUUCCUCCCACUGGUACCAAGGACAUAGCACUAUUCCUCCCACUAACACCAACAAUGGGGUACUAUUCCUCCCACUGAUAGAAAUGAUGGGGCACUAUUCUCACUGACACCAUUGAUGGGACACUAUUCCUCCCACUGACACCAAUGAUGGGGCAGUAUUCCUCCCACUAACACCAAUGAUGGGGCACUAUUCCUCCCACUGAUACCAAUUAUGGGGAACUAUUCUUCCCACUGGAACCAAUGAAGGGGUUUAGUUUACACACAUUUGCAAAUAUAGGCGUAAGCUGCAGCAGCCAAUGCAUGGCACCCCAGUAUAUCUGCAGUUCUAAUGUUAUAACUUUUGAGAGUCUCACUAUUUCUCCCACUGAUACCAAUGAUGGGGCAUUAAAAAUUCACCUAAUGCCAAAGAUGGUACAUUAUUUACUCCAACUGAUGCCAGGACAUUUUCUACUCCCAUUGGCCCCAGUCCUG